AUGAGCAGCAUUGCCCAUGAUUCGGCUGCCGGGUCAGCAAAGCCCCUCAUCUUCGUGCUCACCCUUGGCGAAGAGCAGGCCCAGCUCACUUUCCAGGAGUCUCAUGCGAGCUUCUUGAACGAGCUCUUCGAGAGAGCAACCGUAUGGCACGCAAAGACGACAGAGAAAGCAUUCACCUUGUUUACUCAAUGUUCCGACCCACACGCCAUAUUCGUCGCUGAUGGAGGAAUCGCGCGCGCCAGGUGCGAAGUCAUAUCGCGGAGGCUCGUGCAGUAUGCCGCAAGUGGUGGCAUCGUCGUCUUUGGCGGCGGGUUUGCUGCCUCAAGCCACGAAAACUUGGAGAAGAUCAUGAAGCAGACCUGGGACCUCCCAUGGAAUUUCGGUUCCUACCAGCGCACCACGCUGUCCCUGAAUUCUCAGGCAAUCAGCUCGACCCUCGAGAGCAAACUGCCGGCAUCGUAUAGCCUGACAGCUCUCUAUGUCUACGGAAUGCAGCCAUGCGAGGCGUGGUACCUCCCGACUGAGUGUUCCAUUGUUGAGGAUCAUGUGCCUGGCCCUGGACCAGUUGCCGACUUCAAUGAGUCGCCCAUCAUUUUCGCUCGCUAUGGAUCCGGACAUGUUGGAUACAUUGGGGAUGUCAAGCCUGAGAACGGCACAAUCCUUGCGAUGCUUGCGAUGUUGGGCUUGCUUACCGAAUGA